AUGCAAUUUCUAUUCCCCUAGCCAAUGAACCUUCUAGAACACAAUGGCCCCGGCUUCAAGUACCAGGUGACCGUACGACAACGUGGCAGCAUUGCGCAGGGAACCACCUAUAAUGUGGAUAACUGGAUGAACAACACACUGGAACACAUGGCAACAGACCCUUACUUCCCGUAUGCAGUAAGGGUCCAGGCUAAAAACAGCAUUGGAGAUUCCACCACAGAGGCACAGGAAAAGACUCUGUAUUCUUAUGAAGAUGUACCUGGAGCGAUAGUGAAGAAUGUGGAGGUGUCCGAUAUCUCUGCAUCGACAGUCAAGCUGACCUGGACCUGGGACAAAAUCUGGCUUGAGGAAUCCGGAGCCAUCGCACAGAUACAUGGAGAGUUCAGGGCUUUCAAGGUUCAGUUUUGGCGAGUAGACGAGAAAAUGAGCACGUUCCAGGAGAGAGAGGUAUCAUGGGUUGAGGUCCUGCCCAAGGAAGUCCCUGCGGGGAGUCAGUCCAUAAAGUCCAGCUACAUUAUGCGUAACUUGCCCCAGAAUGCAGCCAUCAGCCUCCAGAUCUGUGUUACCAACAACUUCUAUGUUGGCCGACCUUCAGAUCCGAUAACUUUUACAACUUAUGAAGGAGUGCCUGGCCCAGUGAACAUGCUGGAGGCGAGAAUCCGGAGCAGUAACUCUUUCACCCUGGUGUGGUUGCCUCCCCUAAAUGAAGACAGAAAUGGCAUCAUCAGGGGAUAUGACAUCGCCUACCAGACUGUUGAUGGCCUAGCCCUUGGCUCCCUACAUGACCGCAGUGAACAGAUAAAUGACCCCAAUUCUGUGAGUGCGGUGCUGAGUGGUCUCUUGCCCAACAUGAAGUAUCGGAUACACGUGUAUGCACGCACACAGUUUGGACGUGGAGAGGGAUCAUUUAUUGAGGCUUCAACAACUGAAAAGGCUGCUAUUGGCACGCCCAAGUUUGAGAUCUACAAUGUACAUGAGAACAGUUUCAAUGUGACCUGGGUCCCAGAUGCCUACUUUGGCAAACACAUUGUGCACUACGUGGAGUACAGGAAGGAAGGGCAUUCUGACUGGCAGAGGUCUACAGAUGAGAUCAUCAACAACUACAAGGCCAUUAAUGGACUUGAACGGGGCACAUACUACGAGGUCAGGGUCACAGCUUAUGAUGGCUUGUACAGGGCCAGCAGCGAGGUUCAGAACGUUGGAACUGUAGGCUUUGCUGCUGCCCGGGCCAUUGGGUCCAAUUAUGGUUGGUUUAUUGGCAUACUGGUGGCUGGAGUGCUGUUAAUUGGAGCAGCUGUGUGGAUCUACCUUAUGCAUCGCUGGAGAAAACAGGACCCGCGGGUGCAAGAGAAACCCAAAACUCCAAGGGAUGCAAAAGCCAAGAAGUCUGAGCAUGAAAAAAUGUACCGUGAUAGCGAUGAGGAUUUUGAUAGGUAA